AUGCUCAAACCGCCAAUCCCCACCACUAUCAGUGACAAUAACAACACAAAAGUGGCCGAAAACUUGAAUGAGGUGAAUAAGGUGAUGUCUGGCCAACAAAUCGACACCUUCUCUCCUUGGCAAGCAGCGUCGUCAUCGUCGUCGGUGACUGGAACAUCCGAACUUUUCGGAUCGACGUACGCGAUGCUCAGUGAUCAUGCGACCUAUCCAGAACCGUGGCCUGGGAAGCAACUCACUUCAUCUAUACUUUUUGAGCAACCUCAGAUCCAACCUAUAGUAGGGAACUCAUAUGAUCCUCCAGUCCGAUUUGAUCCACCUUAUGCCUAUCGAACAGCCGGAGCCAGUUAUAUGUCAGCAAUGCCUAAUCUUGCUGCCACUGCUGCACAAUGCUAUCAACCUAGAACCAAUGGAUACGGUCCCCAGUUUUACCCUCCAGCCUUUGCCGGAGUACCGAACCCUCAACAACUUCUGUUAGCCGCUCAAGCUGCUCAAGCCACCAACCAACAUCUCCAACAACAAGUUCUGCGACCCGAGCCUCUUCGACCUGGAUCACAGAAGAAUGGGAAUGGGAAUCAGUUGAAUAGGAGUUCCAGUAACAGUAGUGCAGAAACACAGAGGAACAAUUCCGUUUCAGUAGCUACCGUAUCACCAUCUGAAGAUAACUCGCUCAACAGCCCUGCUCUCACCUCCUCUGGAUCAGCAGCAUCUGGUACACCACCUCUGGGAAGUGAUCCAAACAAUACCGAUCUUGAGACUGAUGAAGAACGUGUCAUGUGUAUGGCUUGUCGAGGUGUCUAUCCAUCCCGUCGUAGCCUAACCGGACACAUUGGACGGAACGAGAAAUGUCGGGAAAUUAUUGGAAGAAACUACUUGGAUGCAGUGGCCAAUGGAGUGAAUCCACCAAUUCCUGGGACAGACGCAGCUAUAAAAUCGGGAGCAAUUACUACUGGUACCGAUGGAAUGUCACCUGUGUGUCCGUAUUGCGACAGGUUCAUAAGCCACUAUAAGGGAAAUAUAAGGAGGCAUAUUAAUCAAUGCUGCAAAAGUGCCGAACCAAUGAAGAGGCAUCGAGUAGAGAAUGCCGAGAAGCAUACUCCAAAGAAGAGAGCAAAGAAGGAGGUGGAUACGAAUCGGUACCAUCAUGAAUAUCCAGAUCCUGAUACUCCAUCUCUGAAUGGUGGAGUCAUGACAACUCCAAAAAUAUCACCAGCGUCCUCAUCGUUCUACGGAGGUGCAAACUCAUCCGAACUGUGCUCUCCAACGGAAUAUUCCAACAGCGCCUACGAGCCAUAUCCAAUGAAUGGUCAUUCCGAGACAACACAACGAGAGACUCAAGUCCUUCAAGACGCCUAUAUCUGCGAGGAUUGUGACUUUGUGACGGUUUACAAGGGAAACAUGAAACGCCAUCUGAACACAUGUCAUCCACAACCAGACUGUAAAAAGUGGGACUCGAAACUAGAAGGAAUGCGUGCGUCGAAUCUUGGCAUUAGUGGAGAUCGGUUACAAGAGAGACUAGCAGCGCACAAGGCAAACUCAUCCAGAGGGCGGAAGCCAAGGAAGAAGAAGGAGAACAAUACGGAAGAGAGUGACCCAAUGGAAUUCAAGGAUAUCCUCAAAACCGAAACCGAUACUCUCAUUGAAGUUCUAACUGCGACGUCAUCAAUAAAUAUGGAUGGAUACUCCAACGGAAACAACUUCCCGCCUCCACCACCGCCUCCGCCACCACCGAUGCUUCUGUAA